AUGGCAUCUCCUGGCCAUAAUCUCCUCAUAUUACUUCUUUUCUUCAUCUCCUUUCCAUGUUCAGAGUCCAGACUCUCCGUCGACUAUUACAACCAAACAUGCCCACAAUUCGCUUCUAUCAUGGAACAGAUCGUCUCGGACAAGCAAAUUGCUAGCCCCACCACUGCUGCCGGCGUUCUUCGCCUCUUCUUCCACGACUGCAUGGUGGAAGGCUGUGAUGGCUCCUUGCUCAUCACCUCCACAUCCUUCAACAAAGCUGAACGUGAUGCUGACAUCGACCAGUCCAUCCCUGGAGAUGCAUAUGACCUUGUCACUCGUGCGAAGACUGCCCUUGAGCUCCAGUGCCCCGGCAUUGUCUCUUGUGCUGACAUUCUAGCCACCGCUGCACGCAACCUUGUCACAAUGGUGGGAGGUCCUUACUACCAUGUGCGUCUAGGACGCAAAGAUGGCCUGGUAUCCAACGCCUCUCUUGUCCAAGGCAAUAUUGCUCAACCAACAAUGCCAUUGUCAGAUAUCAUCUCCCUUUUUUAUUCCAAAGGGUUUUCAGUGCAAGAAAUGGUGGCUUUGGUCGGCGCUCAUACGAUAGGGUUUUCCCAUUGCAAAGAAUUUAGUCACAGGCUUUUUAACUUCAGCAAGACUUCAGAGACUGACCCUGCAUACAACCCCAAAUAUGCAGAAGGGCUAAGGAAAUUGUGCGCAAAUUACACGAAGGACCCAACUAUGAGUGCUUAUAAUGACGUGAUGACACCAGGGAAAUUUGACAAUAUGUACUAUAAAAAUCUGCAGAGGGGGUUAGGGUUGCUGUCAACAGAUCAAGCCCUUUCCGUGGAUAGGAGGACCAAGCCCUUCGUAGACUUGUAUGCUGCUAAUGAGACUGCAUUCUUUGAAGCUUUUGCACAUGGAAUGGAGAAAGUUAGCAUUUAUAAGAUCAAGACAGGGACGAAGGGAGAGGUUAGGCAUAGGUGCGAUCAGUUCAACGCUGCCAAGAUUAAUUAGAAAUGGUAAUCAUUUGCAGCUUUAGUUGGAAGAGAAGGGUCCAUGAUUGUGAAUAGGGAAGUCUUACUGUUGUUUGUAUUA